GUCGAGGUGGACAUAUUCGGUUGGUGAGACCGAGUUGGCCCAGCCUGCCUUCAAUCUGCAAGUAACUCAGAAGACGUAGGCACGCUAUGGAUUUUCUACACUAUGUAGGUACCUAUCUGGGGGCAGUCAGGCUAGACACUAUCCUAGUUGCUGCUCUUGGGGAUUACAAAGUAAAUCGCGAGGAGGCAUCCUUGGCUUCUCUUUCGUGACCUUUCUAGGACAUGCCGGCAUCGGCAACAUCAACGACUCCUUGCAUUCCUUUAUACAAUCCCUCCUAUGUCUGCAACGGGCCUCUUGUCACAUUCACGCACCACCUAACCUCAAGCCACAACAGAAACCCAAGGAUCUGCUACCAGUAUUCUUUUGCCACCAUACUUACAAGCGUAUUUACCUCUGUCGAUGGGAGGUGGCUCUGAAGAUAUCAGCACCUCGUCAGAAUGGUCAAGCCCCAAGAGUGCAGCCAGUCGAUAACGACCUCACGACAUCUUCGAUUUGGACGGAGCGGUCAACAAGCAGCCACCUUCAUCGACAAAAUCAAUAAAAACCUCAUAUCCCAUAUUAUACGCAGUCGGUACCAUGCGCAACACGAGAGGCCUUAUCUCUAGCACUUUAGCACCCCCCAAUAAGUCUAUAGACCCGCCGCGGCCCGCCAAAGAGGGCCACGAAUGGGUUUGGUUCCCAGCAGGCUACUGGGCAGAACGCGAGAUGCCCGAGGAAGGCCCCACGAAGGCCACUAAAUACUUCAAGUGGAGAAGGCGUUCUGGCAAGAGCGGCUCUGGCAAAGAUACGUUGGGCGAUCCAGGACACUCCCUUCAUGUUCCGCUGCUACAGAGACGAACGCUCAACCGCCGCAGCACAAGUAGCGAGGGUGGUGGGACCUCGUUUUCACCGAGCCGCAAGCAACAGUCGCCACUAUUGCUUAGUCCCUACCUGACCGAAGAGGCGCACGUUCAGUCGUUGCAACGGCCGUCUCUGGAUUAUCACGGCGGCGGCGGCGAUAGUGGAUGCCCCGGAACUGAGAAACCUAGUGAGCUCUUUAGAGGAUUGCCGCAAACCCUAGAGACGAGAGACCUAGAUUCUGCGACGGUCCUUGCAACUCCUACAAACUCCCGAACGUGUCCAUCGAAAUAUUUCCUCUCCUCCCGUCUAAGUCUGUCGUCGGCCAUCCAAAGCGUAAAGUCCAAGAAAUUUCUCAUGGCAAGGCUCUUCCAAAAGCGUCGUAAACCAAGAACCGACGACUCCCGCGCAAACAACGAUGGCGACGACGUGCCUGAGAAUGGUUCCCUGUUGGACAGCCACGCGGCGGCUGGUAACCCAGCCGGGAAGCACCGAAAGCGAUGCCUACGAAAGAGCCGCACUUCGAAUCCGAAUGGCGGAGCGACGGCGACGAUUCCGACAGUGAUGGCGGCGGCAGCCCCUCUAGCGGGCCGUGUGGCGGCGCUGCUUCUGGUGAGCGAGGAAACCCAGAGCCCGCGCCCGCGCCCGCGCCGAUUUUUCGGUUUCAGCCCCUGGCACCGCCAGGCGUCGUGGGCCCGGUCCGAGACUAGCGCCUCGAGCUCCUUGCGCGACGUGCUACGCGGUCGGACGCCCGUCAGCAGUCCUGCUUCCGCUUUUGACCCGUGCCACUCGACCUCCACGCAGUUCCUCGCCGGAGAGGCCACACGAAUCCAGACGCCUCCGCUGCGCGAGAGUGGGUGCUACGCGGGGCAGCCGCGGUCCUUCUUCUUCGAUAUCUCGGUGCCUCCGUGCCAUAGGAAUAGUAGAAGCGGUAGCGGAAGCCGGGAGCCGAGAUCCCAACCUGGGCUAGAUGAGCGGGGAGAAACCGGUGGACAGGAAAACUCGACGAGGAGAGAACGAAAAGAGGGAGGCGCGCGGGGCUCCGGUAGGGAGUGGUGGGAGGUGCCGGGGGCGGCUCCCUACUACGAGGCUAGGGCGCCCCGCGAGCUCGAAUCCGAAAUGCCGGAGCACCUACCCAGUAGUCCUAUGUGUCCGGCCAGCAAGAAGCACAAGUCGGGAGGCACUGGCAUCUGCAUAUACCACGGCAGGGCGAAGAGGAGUCAGGGUGGCAGGAUACAGAGUAGUGGGGAUACCGAGUGCGAUGAGGAUAGAGACGUAUGGACGUAGCAGGUGUGGUGACUUAACUACAACGACCACCUAAUAGGAGACAGGAUAAGCCCGAAACAUCAACCAGUUUCGUAUUUGUUGAGUUGUGAGCGAAACCACUGAUAAUAACCGAUGGGUAUCUGCGCCCAAGCGGGAUUGAUUUGGUCCUACCAAAAUAUAAAAAUAUACACCUAAGAGAAAUAUCCCGGAACGGAUUCUCUCCGCCAACCCCUUCGCGAUUAUCAGUUACAUAGGCACCUAGUGGCAUGAGCCUUGCAAAGUGCCAGUUUCGAUUUGGACGAAACCUAGUAGUACCCAAAGAUGGUUGUUGCUGACGCCGGAACGGUAGUGCGGUAGCAACAGAGCGGCUUUACGGCGCCUAGUCGUGGGUUUGUAUCUUGUUGUCGCCCUUUACAGCCUCAGCGUAAGUGGGCGGGGGCCUGCCGGAACCAUCAUGACUGCCCUCGCCGUUCGCGGGGCCGGUGGAAGAGGACGAGGCGGCGUUGCCGGUGUUGCUGGAGGCAGCAAAAGUGGUGGUGGCGCCGUAGUUCGGCUGCGAGGUAGGCUUGGGCUGUGGACGAUGGUCGGGCUGCGGUUGCGGGGAUGGCUGGUGCACGUAGACGUAGGUUAUGCUGCCACUCUCGCGAUCCCGCGAGAGGGGCUCGUAGUCGGCUGGGUCGGUGUACUUGGCGAUUAUGUACCAGGAGUGGAGGAGACCGGGGAU